UCAAAACUAUUCCAAAUGUGCGGGAAAACGGCGACCCUGGCAACAGUACGCACGCGCGUUCUCGCGCGCGAGGAGGACGUCGUGGCCGUGACAUUCCCGUCCGCGAGACGAUCUUCGGGUGAAAAGAUGCGAGACGCGUGCUACACUAACCACACGUUUGAAUACGAUGACGGGAGCACGCGCCGCACGCGCCUGAGCCCAAGAUGUGGCUCGACUCGCGGGGCCAGAGGGGUGGUCUUGAAUGUUCAGGACCUCGAGAUGAUCACUGGAUCUGCAUCUGUUGUCCCCUCCCUUCAAACCCACUUCCGCUUCCAAGACCUGUUGCUAGGAGACCAGACAUUUCAGAAUGAUGACAGGGUUCAUGUGGAGUUUUAUGUGGAUGAAAACACAUUUAAAGAGAGACUUAAACUCUUCUUCAUUAAAAACCAAAGAUCCAGUUUAAGGAUCAGAAUAUUUAACUUCUGUCUGAAGCUUCUGACGUGUGUCCUCUACAUCAUUCGAGUAAUGACGGAUAAUCCGAGUCAACUCCGCAAUACAUGCAUCAACUGUAACAGCACCACACUGACCAAUGACAUCAACUGGGAGCUGAUAUUCUGGGUAGAUAGAAAAGUACCAGUGUGGGCCAUUCAGGUGAUUGUGGCAUCCAUCAGUUUCAUGGAGGCCAUGUUGCUUACGUACCUCAGCUAUAAGGGUAAUAUAUGGGAGCAGAUAUUUCAGGUGUCCUUUCUGUUGGAGAUGUUGAACACUGUUCCUUUCAUCAUAACGAUUUUCUGGCCUCCUCUCAGAAAUCUGUUUAUACCAGUAUUCCUCAACUGCUGGCUGGCCAAGUGUGCUCUGGAGGGUAUGAUAAAUGAUCUACACAGGGCAAUCCAGAGGACACACUCCGCCAUGUUUAACCAAGUCCUCAUUCUCAUCUGCACUCUCUUAUGUCUGGUUUUUACUGGCACAUGUGGGAUUCAGCAUUUAGAGCGAGCCGGUAAGAAGAGUCUGUCUCUCUUUAACGCGUUGUAUUUUUGCAUCGUGACCUUCUCUACGGUGGGCUUUGGUGAUGUGACGCCACAGAUCUGGCCGUCUCAGCUGCUGGUGGUGGUGAUGAUCUGUGUAGCUCUGGUUGUGCUCCCUCUCCAGUUUGAGGAAUUGAUUUAUCUGUGGAUGGAAAGGCAGAAGUCUGGAGGAAACUACAGCAGACAUCGGGCUCAGACAGAGAGGCAUGUGGUGUUGUGUGUGAGCACGCUGAAAAUCGACCUGCUCAUGGACUUUCUCAAUGAAUUCUACGCUCACCCGCACACACAAGAUUAUUACGUGGUGAUCUUGUGUCCGUGUGAAGUGGAUGUUCAGGUGAGGAGGAUCUUGCAGAUUCCGCUCUGGUCUCAAAGGGUCAUCUACCUGCAAGGCUCCGCCCUCAAAAACCAAGACCUGCUCAGAGCCAAGAUGGACGAUGCAGAAGCGUGUUUUAUUCUGAGCAGCAGGAAUGAAGCUGAUCGCAUGGCUGCAGAUCAUCAGACCAUUCUGAGAGCCUGGGCUGUGAAGGACUUCGCUCCAAACUGUCCUCUCUGCGUCCAGAUCCUUAAACCUGAAAACAAGUUCCAUGUUAAAUUUGCAGAUCAUGUUGUGUGUGAGGAAGAGUUUAAAUACGCCAUGUUGGCUCUGAACUGUCUGUGUCCAGCCACUUCUACACUGAUCACCUUACUGGUUCACACAUCUCGCGGCCAAUAUCUUUCUCAAACCUCUUGUAGAGAGGGGCAGCAGUCUCCAGAGCAGUGGCAGAGGAUGUACGGCCGUUGUUCUGGUAAUGAGGUGUAUCACAUCCGUCUGGGUGACAGUAUGUUCUUCAUGGAAUACAACAGCAAGAGUUUCACCUACGCAGCCUUCCAUGCUCACAAAAAGUAUGGCGUGUGUCUGAUCGGUGUAAAGCGAGAAGAUAACAAAAGCAUACUGUUGAACCCUGGACCACGGCACAUCUUGGCUGCCAGCGACACCUGUUACUACAUCAACAUCACCAAGGAAGAAAACUCCGCCUUCAUCUUCAGACAGGAAGCAGAUCAGGGAAAGGGGCGGGGCCACUGUGACAUUUUAAACAGCCCGUCUGGUCUUCCUGUUCACAGCAUCAUUGCGAGCAUGGGAACGGUUGCCUUGGAUUUUCAAAACACAAGUCCCACUAAGAGCGGCGUCAAACUGGCCCCACCCUCAGAGAGCGAAGUAGGAAGUCGCCGCCCGAGCAUAGCUCCGGUGCUGGAGAUCGCCGACUCCGCUUCCUUACUGCCAUGUGACCUCCUCAGUGACCAAUCAGAGGAUGAGACCGGACACUUGGACGAGGACGUAUCGGCCAACGAAUUCGUGAAAGGAUAUCCCCCAAACUCUCCUUAUAUCGGGAGCUCACCAACCCUCUGUCACCUGCUCCGCCAGAAAGCUCCAUUCUGCUGCCUGCGGCUCGACCAGGGCUGUGAGCAUGUCAGCUUUGAGGACGCGAAAGCAUACGGCUUCACAAACAAACUCAUCAUUGUUUCAGCCGAAACUGCAGGAAACGGCCUGUACAACUUCAUCGUGCCUUUAAGAGCCUAUUACAGACCCCGCCGAGAACUCAACCCCAUAGUGCUGCUGUUAGACAACCUACCUGAUGAUCACUUCCUGGAGGCCAUAUCCUGCUUCCCUAUGGUGUACUAUAUGGGUGGCACCAUUGACAAUUUGGACAGUCUGUUACAGUGUGGCGUUCUGUACGCUGAUAAUCUGGUGGUGGUGGAUAAGGAGAGCACAAUGAGCGCAGAAGAAGACUACAUGGCGGAUGCCAAAACCAUCGUCAAUGUGCAGACCAUGUUCAGGUUGUUUCCGAGUCUGAGUAUAAUCACCGAACUGACUCACCCCUCAAACAUGAGAUUCAUGCAGUUCCGAGCGAAGGAUUGUUACUCUCUCGCUCUGUCUAAACUGGAGAAGAAGGAACGUGACAAAGGUUCAAAUCUCGCCUUCAUGUUCCGUCUCCCAUUCGCCGCCGGUCGAGUGUUUAGUAUCAGUAUGCUGGACACACUUCUGUAUCAGUGUUUUGUGAAGGACUACAUGAUCCCGAUAGCCAGACUUCUGCUCGGACUGGACACCACACCUGGAUCAGGAUACCUGUGUGCUAUGCGUGUUUGUGAAGCUGACCUCUGGAUCCGGACAUACGGAAGAUUAUUCCAGAAGUUCUGUUCAUCUAGCUCAGAGAUUCCCAUCGGAAUCUACCGCACAGAGGCACACUCUCCACCUGAGUUUCAGGGCUCCGUCAGCACCGAGGGUUUAAGCGACACCAGGGAGAAGGGGGAGGAGUCAAAGGUCCUCACCCGGAGUUCGUCCAGCGGUGACCAAUCAGAGUACCCGCUCCUGAGAAAGAAGAGCAUGUACUGGACGAGGCGUCUCAGUAGGCGGAGCGUGAAGAGGAGCGAUUCCUCCCUUAGCUUCAUCCAGCAGCGUAUGGGCGUGUCUCGCCGCUCGGAGAGGGAGGAGCUUACGGAGCUCGUCAGGAACCGCAUGCAACACCUGGGGCUGCACACAGCCGGAUACAAAGAUGUCACAAAUCUAACAGCAAGUGAUGUUAUGAACAGAGUAAACUUAGGCUAUUUGGAAGAUGAUCUGAAUGACCAGCAGAACUCCAUUUCAUAUGUGCUCAUAAACCCCGCCCCGGACACAGUGCUACAGCUCAACGAUGUUGUGUUUCUGAUUCGUCCGGAUCCGCUGGCUCACGUUCCUGAUGCUCCGCCCACACAAUCCCGCCGCUGCGGGUCCUCGGCGGACACACCAGAACUCAACAAAGUUUAACCAGUGACAAUAUGUCGAUUAGAUCAAAUACAGCCGCUGUGAAUCAGGUAACACUGAGAAUACUGCAGAACAGUGAUGUCUUAAAAAUUAAACAUUUAUUUUUUAUUAAAUGUUGAACUUUUCACCAGCUCUUUAAGCUCUUACAGUGAUGUAAUCUCUUGAUGGUUCAUAUAUUUAGAUUUAUCUGUAAUAUUUUGGUCUAAACACAGCACUUUAAUACUAGAAAAUUUAGGGAAAUGUGGCUUUUAAUUGUGAGGUUACUGUGUUUGAGGAAUGUUGUGCAAUGGUGUAAAAGUUACCAUGUUCCAUCAGUAAACAACAGGGAUUGUUAUUUUAACCUGUGAAGUGUUGCUUUCUCACACAAGACAGCAGGGGGCGCCAUCUUACGUCAUUGUGUUCUCUCCGUGCAGGAGGCUUCUUUCAAAACAAAUAAAUACAGCAAUCGGGUUGCAAACAUAUUUACAAUGUGCAUUUAUAAGUUUAGUUUGUUUGCCAUGUGUUUUCCUUCUUGUUUAUACAUUUGUUUCUGUUUACAAACAAACAUCUUAAAAUUUAUUUUUCUGCAAUAUUUGGAGUUGAAAUUGUCUGAAUGUUACAUUAGAUUACAAAACAUAAAAGCAAGCAGCAUUUAUUUAAACCGAGCACAUGCACACGUUUCAAGCAAAGGAUUUUGCAAAGAUGUGAUAAAAAUAAGUGACAGAAAUAUAGAUAUGAUGUAAAAAUCUUAGAUAAAAGUAAUAAAAUAUGUUAUGGGCCCGGAAAACAUACUCCUAAUUGACAUUUUUUACUUGAAAUUUUUCUUUUUCAAGAAAAAGUUGGAUCUUAUCUGGAACAUAUGAGUUCACAGUCUCUCGAAAAAGCUGUUGUAAAUAACAUCCUAAAGUUAGGAUAACUUCACAUCUGUCCUAAAUCUCAAAACGUAAGAUAUUUUAAACACUACAUUUAUUUGGCCGUUUCAAAUAUUAUACAUAUGGUGUUGAGUCAGAAACCCCAAAGAUUAGUUUAGCAAUGAGGAAUUUCAUAUUAAUUUAAUGAUUAUGAAGUCCAACUUUCUGACUUUAUCAAUUUUGUCUUCAUUAUUAAAAAGCAGAGUUCUUUUACAUUUAUUCAAAGUGAAUCAAAACAAUGAAGGAUUUUUUUCAGAAGUGAUGCAAAGUCAGUCGUGAGAAAUACUUCAGCAUCAUUUGUUUGCAGAUGAUACUUGCUUUGAUGUUGUGUUAUACAACGCAGUGACAUUCUAGCUGCAUACUAGUAACAAAAAAGUGGAACGUGUUGUUAUUCUAAUUACCAUGUAAUUUAAUAGAUUGUAAUUUGUCAGAUAUUUUUGUGGAUCGUGUGCCUUUAAAAAUUAAAGUGUUUACAGCAUACAGUGUUUUUGUGUGUGUGUGUGUG